AUGGCAAUCCUAACGGCUCUCCAAGGGCUGCCCAUCAGCAAUGAAGCAGUUACCGGUGCCUUGGUGGUUCUUGUCACAGCAUAUAUCGUAUACUCUCUUCGUAUACGGUUUCGUCUCUCACACAUUCCUGGCCCUUGGCACGCUGGGUUCACCCGGCUGGGCUUCGCCUGGGACGCUUUCAAAUCCCGGCAACCUCAGGCCGCGAAGGAAUAUCAUGACAAGUAUGGUCGAUUGGUACGCAUUGCGCCCAACCUUGUCUUGACAGAUGACCCGGAUGCCACGCGUCAGAUCAUGGGUGCACGAUCCAAGUAUACCAGGUCCGCCGUUUGGUACUCAGUCGCACGCUUUGAUCCUGAUAGAGAUACCCUAUUCAAUCUUGCCGAUGACGACUUUCAUACUCUGAUGCGAAAGAAAAUGGCGCCAGGCUACUUCGGCAAGGAAAAUGACUCGAUAGAAGCAGGCGUAGACGACCGAGUAGUUGCCUUCAUCAAGCUUAUUGAGGACAAGUACCUUUCCACUGCAGCGGAAUUCCGGCCAAUGGACCUCGCAAGCAGGGCGCAGUACUUUACGGUUGAUGUGAUCAGUGCAUUGGCCUUUGGGAAAACAUUCGGCUGCCUUGAAAAGGACGCGGAUCUCAAGUUAUACGUUGAGUCGAUUGAAGGGUCCAUCCCAAGAGCACCCUUUUUCAGUAUGUUUCCCGAGGUAACCAAAUGGCUCUACCGACGGCCCCUUAGAUGGGUGUUUUUCCCGGAAGACAAACCAGUUGGAUUGGGGCCAAUUAUCGGUGUCGCCAAAAGAAUCAUCGAGGAACGCUUCACCCCCGACGGCCACGACAAGGAUCCCAAACGCGACAUGCUCGCCUCCUUCAUGCGCCACGGCAUCUCGCCCAACCAAGCCGUCGGUGAGGCCGUCCUGCAAAUGGUGGCCGGCAGCGACACCUCGGCCACGCUCAUCCGCACCGCCAUCCUCCAUCUACUCUCCAACCACGUCGCCUACCGCCGUCUGCAAGCCGAAAUCGACCGCUGCCUUGCCGACGGUACCAUCUCCAACAUGAACCCUUCCAAUGACAGCACCAGCACCAUCAUCGUCAAAGACAGCGAAGGCCGCCGCAUGCCCUACCUCCAAGCCGUCAUCAAGGAAUCCCUACGCAUGGCCCCGCCCGCCGCCCAGUAUUUUCCGAGAGUGGUUCCGCCCGAGGGCGAUACAAUUUCGGGCUUUUUCGUCCCGGGCGGGACCGAGGUCGGGUACACGAUUCUUUCCAUGUGCAAGCGCAACGACAUUUUCGGCGAGGACGCGCAUGUUUGGAGGCCGGAACGCUGGCUAGAGUGUGGCGCCCAAAACUUGGCGAGGAUGAAUGGUACGGUCGAUUUGGUGUUUAAUCAUGGCAAGUGGCAGUGCUUGGGAAAACAUAUUGCGUUGAUGGAGUUUAAUAAGAUUUUUAUCGAGCUGUUCAAGAGGUUCGAUAUGAGCAUUGUCGAUGCUUAUAAGCCUGCGGCUGUGGCUUGUCAACCUGGUCUGUACUUGAUGGAAGACUUCUGGAUCCGCAUCACUCGACGAGAGUCCGACGAUCCUGCGCAGUUUGCUUCUAACGGUGUUGAUCUUGGAUUGGGAGAACCGUUGGAGACUGCUGUGGCUGAGUAA